AUGACGGAUGCUGCUGUUAAGAAUGCAGUACUUGCCAUCAGUACUCUGUUUGAACAUCCGCUACUCAAUGCAUACCAUCCUCCACCAGUAGGUAUUGUCUACACUGACAAGCAGCGCAUAGGCCUAAAUUGGUACGCUAAGGCGGUAUCAAGUGUCUUUACAAGAAUCAGCAUAGACGAUGAGCUCAAGCAGAUUGAAACCGCGCUGUUGACAUGUCUGCUGUUUACGAGCGUCGAAGUCCAACAGGUGAACAUCGGAAGCACGGUAGCGUUGCUUGAGAAGGGUUUGAGACUCGUCGCUCGGUACAAGGAAGUGCAAGAAGGGUCUCCCUCCAAGCCUGCUAUAUGGGUACUGGAUUUGGUAAUUCCAGCAUUGUGUCGUCAGACGAUUGUCUUCGGCAUUUUUGGCUAUGCUCUCAGUCAGGAGGCCUUCACCAUCCUGGAUGCGUUGGUACCAACCGGCCCUACAACUAUCUUGUCUCUAGACGACGUACGCAACGACCUCUAUGCUAUUCUCGUGAGGAUCUUCAACUGGAUACAGCGUGUGACUGCCGCUAGACCUGGUUCUGAAGCCGUGCGACUCUUUCUGCAAAGGGAACGAGAUCACAUGCUUGACUGGCUACGGUCAUGGGCGGAGCGCACCCAAAGCUUUAUGGAAACAAUCGAUAACGGACAGCAUCACGGUGCCGCCGAAGUGUACAGCGUCCUCUGCUGCUACGAGCGAGUAGCAUACCUGUGGCUGUCCCGCAGCCUACAUGGCCACAUGUACAAUGACGCUGAAGAGCAGCACAGCUACAUGAGCAUACUCUCCUAUUCCGAAGAAGCACUCAAACACGGUUCAUCACAAUCAUCCCCAUCCGGGGCCUCAGUCACACCAUUCAUGCUAGAGCUGGGCGUCAUGCCAGCGCUUGUCUUUGUAGGCUGGCAGUGCAGGGACAUUGGCAUCUGCCGACAAGCAGUCAAGUUGAUGCGAAGGUGCCCCGCGCAGGAGAAUCUGCUCGUCACGGAGCUUCAGGUCGAUCUCAUUCAGCGGCUCAUCGCGGUCGAGGAGAUGCGGUCUGCGGAGACCCUCUUGCACGUUCACGGACAGCAGGAAGGAGAACUUGUUCAAGUGCCAAUUGUAGAUCGCUCACUAGGGCUACCGCGGCCGGGUCCGCCGAUCCUCGAGGAUGAAGGCUGGCGCUACGGGACGGAUCUUUUCGCUCGCAAUAGUUCACAUCGCUGUGCGAGGCACAACAAGUAA